AUGCAGUUUUUGGUUCAUUCCAAGCUACACAUAAUCAGUAACCUUCCAAGGGGUAUAGACUUUCAAACAAUGAUAAAUGAGUUCCAAAGAAAGUGGAAUUUUCCACAGUGUUUGGGUGCUAUUGACAGUACCCGUAUACCUAUAAAAGUCCCACUUCUCCACCAGGCUGACUACUUUAACAGGAAAAGUUUCCAUUCUGUCAUUCUGCAAGUUCUGGCCUGGCACAUAAUUCCAGGGUGUUUUGCUCGCUCACAGCUAGGCAAAAUGAUAACAGAGGGAAGAAUGAUAACCAAUGAUGUAAAUUUGUCCCGGGUUAUUGAUAACCACAUUAUCAAACCAUUUCUUAUUGGCGAUCCAGCUUAUCCUCUUUCCAAACAUUUAAUGAAAAAUUACCCAGGGGUCAACCUUAUACUGGAAAAGAACAUUUCAACUACAGACUUAGCUGUGCUCACGUUCAGGUUGAAAGAGGGCUUGGAUGGCUUAAGGGAAGAUGUAGAUGUCUGCAUAAGCAGCGAGAUUGUGACCCUGACAAAGGUGUGCUUCAUAGUUAUGACAGCCUGUAUGCUGCACAACAUGUGGGUAGAGCGAAAGGAGUGCUAUCUUUAAGAGUGGAACAGGUUGA